GCGGGGGGGCAAUCAUUUCACACCUUUAACGCGUGUGCAGCUCGGGCUUCUCAACAGAGGAUGACAAUCCACAGGAGGAAAAACACACACACACACACACACACAUGCACACACACACGCAACCCGGCGUUCCUCUCUCAGAUGCGCAAAGUCCAGCACGCAGCUCUGCGUGGCAACUUCGCCGAACACGCAACGGGUGAAAAACUGCGAUCGUUAACAGGCUAUCGAUUGCGGUUUGUCACCGGCGCUUGAAAGAAAGGCUUUUCCUCCACAUCCACUGGAGCGGCAUCAUAAUUUCCAACGCUGUCGCGGAGGAGAGGAGGAGGAGGAGGAGGAGGAGAAGGAGGAGAGCGCUGAUUCACGGCUUGCAGGAGGAGGCAGAGACGCUCGGACGGGCUCGAGAAGAAGAAGAAGAUCCAUCUCCCACCCAGCGUGCAGUCCUAAAAUACCGAGCCACUCGCCUCCUCCUCCCUCGUUACUGACAGCUCUGCGACCCACCGGACCCCGUCCUGUUCCGGCCAGGGGAGGAUUCUGGGGAGGAAGGGCGCCACGGCAAGGAGACGACGAAAGGCGAUCGCCCUCCCCUUUGGCCCGGUUUGAUCCUACUCAUUCGGCAGUACAGUGGGCAGGCUGGGGGGUGCGAGGGGGUGUGUGGGGCGGGGGAGGGGGGGAGAGAGGACCUGCACGCUCCCUCUUGUUCAUGAGGACGACACGGCAGCCUCGCGGUGGGAUUGUGGUGUGCGGAUUAUUUUAGGACCAGCUCGGCAAAAACAACAACAACAAGAAUAAUAAUAAGACUAAUAAUAACAAUAAAGGGGGCGGACGGGAGCUGCUCAGCUGUCUCUACAUAAAGCCACUCACAUACAGAUCCAGGUGGUGGGUGGAAGAAAGCACAGCCCAGUGCUGGAUCCCAGAGGGACUGUUCGUGUUGCAAGGCCCCUUAAGACGAAGAAGGGUGCAUGGAGGGUUCAAGGCCUCUAAAACCAGGGACAUCAGCCUGCCUCUGGUUGGGGCUGGUCUCUGUGGCCGUAGCUUUCCUUUGUACAGAGGCCCGGACUACUCCGAGCCCUUUACUCAGCCCCAACAAUGCCACCUGCAAGGGCAACUCAAAAUGUCAAACAGGGAUCAUCCUCCCCAUCUGGUAUCCCGAGGAUCCGUCCAUGGGAGACAAGAUUGCUCGGGUCAUCGUCUAUUUUGUGGCCAUGAUCUACAUGUUUCUUGGUGUGUCCAUCAUUGCCGACCGUUUCAUGGCAGCCAUUGAGGUCAUCACCUCCCAAGAAAGAGAAAUUGUCAUCAAAAGGCCCAACGGGGAAACGACGACGACCACAAUUCGGGUGUGGAAUGAAACAGUUUCCAACCUUACUCUCAUGGCCUUGGGCUCAUCUGCCCCCGAGAUUCUGCUCUCUGUGAUUGAAGUUUGCGGACAUGAGUUCAAAUCUGGUGAACUUGGUCCAUCGACAAUUGUUGGCAGUGCAGCCUUCAAUAUGUUUGUCAUCAUUGGCCUCUGUGUGUCCGUCAUUCCCCAAGGUGAAGUGCGCAAGGUCAAACACCUGAGAGUUUUCUUUGUCACAGCAGGCUGGAGUAUCUUUGCUUACAUCUGGCUCUACAUGAUCCUGGCUGUUUUUUCUCCAAAUGUAGUCCAGGUCUGGGAAGGCCUGGUCACACUAUCCUUUUUUCCCAUAUGCGUCCUACUCGCCUGGGUAGCAGACAGACGACUGCUCUUCUACAAGUUUAUGCAUAAGAAAUAUCGCACUGACAAACACAGGGGUGUUAUUAUUGAGACGGAAACAGAACGCUCCAAAGGGAUUGAGAUGGACGGCAAGAUGGUCAACUCUCACUUUAUGGAUGGAAGUGCAACCAGUAAUCUGAUUGGUUUGAUUGAGAGCAAAGAAGUAGAUGAGUCCCGUCGGGAUAUGAUUCGUAUCUUAAAGGACCUAAAGCAGAAGCACCCAGAGAAAGAUCUUGAUCAGCUGGUUGAGAUGGCUAAUUACUACGCUCUCUCACAUCAGCAAAAGAGCCGUGCCUUCUACCGUAUCCAGGCCACUCGAAUGAUGACAGGCGCUGGGAAUAUCCUGAAGAAACACGUAGCAGAACAAGCAAAGAAGAGCACCAGUGUGCAAGAGGUGCACGUGGAGGAACCCGAAGAGUACGUGUCUCGGAUAGCAUUUGAGCCUGCUGCCUACCAGUGCCUUGAGAACUGCGGUGCUGCCAUCCUGACUGUCACUAGAAAAGGUGGCGACAUCAACAAGACGAUCUACGUGGAUUAUAAAACAGAAGACGGCUCGGCUAAUGCUGGAGCAGACUACGAGUUCACAGAGGGCAUGGUGGUGUUCAAACCAGGGGAGAUAAUCAAAGAAAUAAGCAUUGGCAUCAUAGACGAUGACAUCUUUGAAGAGGACGAGCACUUCUUUGUGCGUCUCAAUAAUCUUCGGGUCUUGGAAACUGAAGACGAGGUGUUGUCUGCCAACAGCCUCCCAUACCCAAAGGCCAUCCUAGGAUUCCCCACUGUGGCUACAGUGACUAUUCUGGAUGACGAUCAUUCAGGCAUUUUCACGUUUGAGAGUGGCUCAGUUCACAUCAGUGAGAGCAUCGGCAUUAUGGAAGUGAAAGUGCUGAGGACUUCUGGAGCAAGGGGAACUGUCAUUGUGCCUUAUCGCACAGUGGAGGGACUUGCCAAGGGCGGAGGGGAGGACUUUGAAGACACCUACGGAGAACUUGAGUUCAAAAACGACGAGACCUGGUAAGAAGAAUCCUCUUGUGUUUGGAGCAGUUGGUUUUCUAUUAAAUUUUAUUGGCUGAUGUUCAUUGGUCAGUGGCUGAUUAUUACAGAUCAAGGCUUCUAGAUCAAAAAUACAAUGUGUUUUGGACUCAUAAUUAAAUAACAUAGCUUGAGAAUUAUUUCGACAAUUUUAAUUUCUAUUUUAUAUUGCAUUUAAACAUGCAUAAGCUUUAAGCUUCAGUGCUCUUUAGCAGUCUGCUGGAAACGGCACUUUGUUUUGCUCCAAAGGCUCAGCUCAUUCUUUGACAUACAAUACAAAUCUUACCUAUUUAUAUGGCAUUUCUACUCACCACUUUGUGAAUUUUGACUCCCCGUUUUUCUCUCGUUAGUUAGACAGCAAACACACUCAUCUGACGCUUGUUUUUUCUGUGUGGAGAGUUUUCCUCUCAUCAGACAGCUUUGGCAGCAACCGUCUGUUUUUCAUGUGCUGGAGAUUCCACGCAAGCAUGGAAACAGGAAGUCCUGAAGUAAACCCUCUCUUUGCCCUUCAACUCCCUGCUGCUUUGUUUUCUCCAUCCCCGGAGUUUUGCACGUUUCCCUUUUUCCCCAUGUUCUCUUCAUGCCUUGUCAACUUCCUCUGACAAAAAAAAGAGUAGAGUGGAUGGAUAGAAGCUGAGUUAGAAGAGAGAUUCACUUCCAAGGUCAAAGGUCUGGCUUUGAUUUAUAUAAUCAGUGUGUGACAGUGUUUUGCGUUUGAUGGUGGAUGGUGUUGAAAUGAAUUAUGACAUGUGAAGGCUUAAUUUCUUCUGAGCGGAGCCAUCAAUAAAAAUGCUGUGAUUGGUAAUGAUGUCUUACGUAAAGCGGGUAUGUUAUGUAGUCUUGUCAGCUUUACCAUCUGUCUAUAAUGCUGGACUACAACAACCAGAGUCAUGCAACAUUUGGUAGUGUUAAAAUGAUCGUAGCAAACUGUGCUGUGGCAUAGAGAGCGUUUGUCGAUUGGACAACAUUCCAGCACAUUACGAUUCUGGCGUCUCUGGAAUGCACCUUCGCAGGCACUCGUGUUGUACAUGUUGACCUACAGCCACUUAGCCACAGAGACAAGUGUCUGCUGUUCCCCCAUUCUCUACCAAAUGGACCUAACUGGCAGAGACUGGGCUGCAGUGUGAGGGCUGAGACAGCCCCGGAGAACAAUGGCAGGUGGAUGAGUGUUGGGUGAUCAGCAUGCUCCAGGGACCUGCUGAGCACUCUGGAUUUUACUUGAUUUAUGUGGGAGAGGCUUUUGGGUUGGACCUGAAGGCUGCUGAGGGAAUACAGGGAGGAGAUGUGGUGAUGCAGUUGUGAUGAUGAUGGUUUAUCGAUCUGCUUCCUGUGUUGCAUAUCGUGCUGAAUGUUAGAGUCUCACAUCGUGCCGCACUCCUCUACCGAGGGGAUGUAAAUCCAAGAAAAGAAAAAAAAGGCGUACUGUAAUUGGUUAACUCUGAGAGAUCUUGAAUAUAAUCAGACUGCAUAAUAAUUUGCUGGAUAUUUAGGGGGAGAAAAAAAAUGACGAAAUUACAGAGCGCUAUUGAGGAACACUUGUCUUUCCUUAGAAAAGCGGUGUAGUUAAUAACCAAUGUGUUCAGUGGCAGGGCUACUUAUUAGCAGAGAAAGCGAUAACAUCUCUCUCUGGACUCGGCUCCUGUGCAUCACAAUGAAUCAGUUCGUAUCAAUUUUGACACAAAUGAGAAUGUCUUAAAAUAUCUUUUGUUUAAAUAUCGACUGUUACAAAUGAAUUAUUUUGAAAACCAUGUUACACGUUACAGACAAAACCUUUAUUUCUAAUAACACAAUGUUCCUAUGAAUUAUCUUUGUAAUUUUUUGCAUACCACUUGAUGAAGUUGUGCUAGCUGUUUUCCCAAUCUUUCUACAUACUUCAGGCUCAGAUGUACUGCUGGUUCGGUCCAUUUACGACCCAGUUCUGGCAUGAACAUCACCAUUGUUCCUGUCUUACUUCUACUUCCUUCAGCAGAUUUCACUCACCACAGUGCUUCUCUUAAACAGUAGGUGUCUCUAUAAAUAAAAUCAGCCUGUUGUAUUGAUUCAACAGAAGCUGCAUCAAUGCAGAGGCUAAUCCAGUAAAAAAAUUAAAACAAAUCGACUGAAGACAAUUCAACUAAUUAGUCUGAAUAGCUUGAGUAAAUAGAAACUGAACAUUUCAAAUGACGAUGUCAUUUAUUUAGAGGAAAAGCUAUUCAAAUCGUGAAUUAGCUCUGAUUAAUCGUAUUUUUGGGGCUGAGGUUCAAGGUUACCGUAAAAAUCAAGGAAUGACCAAAAAGACCCAAUCUGACAAAGUGAGACUAAAAUAAAUCAAAAAGCAACACAUUGCCCUCCAAUCUAAAGAAUUGUCAUAACGGAUUAAAAACAGUCAUUGACGUUCUCACUGCAAAGAAAGGCCUAAUAACCAAAGUUAUUAUGGGGACAAUAUUCUUAAACAAGGAACU